UCACCCCCGCCCCAUACACACCGCAUGGAUGAGCGGUCCCUUCUGGGUCCGGCUUCACCGGGUUCGAGCUGGCAUUGGCCAUUGGAGGUGGAGCCCGAUGAGAGGAAGGGGCUCAAGACCCGGAUGAGAGGAAGGUGGGGGUCACAGAGAAUUGGAGGCGGAGACUGCGGCUCAGGACGCGCGUGACGUCAUGUCCGCUGGGCGGGGCCUCGCGGUCCCGCGCAAAUUGAAAGGUCCCCGGCUGCGCUUGCAGCAGCGCGGCUUGCUGCGCCCCGGUUUGAGGAACCGCAGCGCCUGGCAUGGGCUAGCGGGCCAUGCCUGUUCAUUCCCGGGAGACAGGACUACGGUGAAGCCGCGGCUGCUGUUACCUGGGGUACCACCGGCGAUCUCCUGGGGUUGGUGUGCCAUAUGGCGCUCAGUCACUCCUGUGCUAAAGAUAUACUUAGCCUAGAAGAAACUUAACGAAGUUUCAUGAAAUUUAACUCGGCACUAUGGGGAUUCAGGGACUGCUUCAGUUCAUCAAGGAGGCUUCGGAGCCCAUCAAUGUCAAGAAGUACAAAGGACAGGCAGUAGCUGUGGAUACCUACUGUUGGCUUCACAAAGGAGCUAUUGCCUGUGCUGAAAAGCUAGCCAAAGGGGAACCAACAGAUAGGUAUGUAGGAUUUUGUAUGAAGUUUGUUAAUAUGCUGCUGUCUCAUGGGGUCAAGCCUAUUCUUGUCUUUGAUGGAUGUACCUUACCUUCGAAAAAGGAAGUGGAAAGAUCUCGAAGAGAGAGACGACAAAGCAACCUUCUUAAAGGGAAGCAGCUCCUUCGAGAGGGCAAGGUGUCAGAAGCCCGAGACUGCUUCACUCGCUCUGUCAACAUCACACACUCCAUGGCCCACAAAGUAAUAAAAGCUGCUCGGGCCCUGGGAGUGGACUGCCUGGUGGCUCCCUAUGAAGCUGAUGCUCAGUUGGCCUACCUUAACAAAGCUGGACUUGUGCAAGCUGUCAUCACGGAGGACUCUGACCUCCUGGCAUUCGGCUGUAAGAAGGUGAUUUUAAAAAUGGACCAGUUUGGAAAUGGACUGGAAGUGGAUCAGGCACGGCUGGGCAUGUGCAAGCAGCUUGGGGAUGUGUUCACGGAGGAGAAGUUCCGGUACAUGUGUAUCCUGUCAGGCUGUGACUACCUCUCCUCCCUGCGUGGGAUUGGCUUAGCAAAGGCCUGCAAAGUACUGAGACUGGCCAAUAACCCGGAUAUCGUUAAGGUUAUCAAGAAAAUUGGGCAUUAUCUCAAGAUGAAUAUAACGGUGCCAGAGGAUUACAUUGCAGGAUUUAUCCGAGCCAACAAUACUUUCCUCUACCAGCUAGUGUUCGACCCCAUCCAAAGGAAGCUGGUCCCUCUCAAUGCCUAUGGAGAUGACGUCAACCCCGAAACCCUGAGUUAUGCUGGGCGGUAUGUUGAGGACUCCGUAGCUCUGCAAAUAGCACUUGGAAACAGAGACAUAGAUACCUUCGAGCAGAUUGACGACUACAGUCCAGACACUAUGCCUGUCCACUCUAGAAGUCACAGCUGGAAUGACAAAGCAUGUCAGAAGUCACCUGUGGCCAACAGCAUUUGGCACAGGAAUUAUUGCCCUCGACUAGAGGUGAACGGUGUUUCCCACGCCCCUGGGUUGACGGAAAAGUCAAGUACCGUGGGCCUUAAACAAGUGAUUAGUACUAAAGGGUUAAAUCUUCCCAGGAAGUCUUCUGUGGUGAAGAGACCAAGAAAUGAAUCUCUGUCUGAAGAUGACCUAUUGAGUCAGUACUCAUUUACAAAGAAGACCAGGAAAACCAGCGGUGGAGACAGCGCACCUUCUGACCCUUCUGAAGUGUCUGCACCCCACCUGGAUGGCGGGGCUGCCCACAAGACAGAGUUUUUUUGCAGUUCUCCAAAUUUUGAUGACUACGUACCAAAAAAAGCAAGCAUUCAGCCUCUAAAUGAAACUGCUGUUGAAGGCAAAGGUCCUACCAGCCUCGGAGCACCAGACUGUCCAGGAACAGAAGUCCUCAGAGCACCAGACUGUCCAGGCACAGAGGGCCUCGGAGCACCAGACUGUCCAGGCACAGAGGGCCUUGGAACACCAGACUGUCCAGGCACAGAGGGCCUUGGAGCACUGGACUGUCCACGCACAGAGGGUCAGAAGCUGGUUGACAUAAGUGUGACACAGGAGCCAAGUGUUCAGGUCUCAGGCAAUGAGACUGUGUCUCCUGAUGAUGAGGCUCAGUCUUCCGAGACCAGCAAAUUCGUGGGAACCAUUUCCCCGCCCACUCUGGGGACACUAAGAAGUUGUUUCAGUUGGUCAGGAACACUUGGAAAUUUUUCAAGAACUCCAAGUCCCUCUCCACGCACUGUAUUACAGCAGUUCCGAAGAAAGAGCGAGACCUGUCUGCCCGAGACCUGUGCAGUGACUGACACAUGUCAUUCAAAGAGUGAAAUGUCAAGUGCUAAGUCUCAGCCCUUGCAUGAGGUGGCCUGGUCCUCACGAUCUCAGGAAAGCAUAGACUCACUGUGCAGUUUAAAUGCAUCGAACUUUUCCCAGCCUUCCAGUAAAGAUUCAGAUUCAGAGGAAUCGGAUUGUAACGACAAGUCACUUGAUAAUCAAGGAAGUCAGAACUCCAAGCAACAAUUACCUCCCUUUUCAAAGAAAGACACACUUGUAAGGAAUAAGAUCCCUGGGCUGUGUAGGUCUAGUUCUAUGGACUCUCUUUCUACAACCAAGAUCAAGCCCCUGGUGCCUGCCAGAGUCAGCAGCCUGAGCAAGAAGCCAGGAAGCAUCCUGAAAAGAAAACACCAUGAUGCUGAGAACAAGCCAGGGCUGCAGAUAAAGAUCAGCGAACUCUGGAAAAACUUCGGUUUUAAAAAGGAUUCUGAAAAGCUUCCUUCUUGUAAGAAGCCCCUGUCUCCAGUCAAAGAUAACAUCCGACUCACUCCAGAGACAGAAGAUGAACUCUUUAACAAGCCCGAGUGUGCACACGUUCAGAGAGCAAUAUUCCACUGAGGGAGGAAUUCCACUGCCUGCAGGAAAACCUUGCUGAUUCGAGAGAUUUAGUACUAUCAAUGCCAUUUUUAAAAUGGAAUGCAUUUUGUAUAUUAACUUUGUGACUUCCUUUUGCUCAGCUUUUUAUAUUUUCAUAGAAAGCUAAAUAGAAGAAUAAGUUGUCUUUGACAUUUCUGGGAUUUCAGUGCUCAUGGGGGAAAUCCGACACUGAUAACAGUCUAAAGGACUCUAACGUCAGGAGAGAGUGGAAAAUGGAAAUAAAUAAAUGGAAAGCCA